AUGGUAGAGGACUAUAUGGUAGCUUGUGUUUGGUGUUCGAGUGAGACAGGAGGUCUAACAGGACGCCUAUAUAAACAGAAGUGUGGGGGUGGUGGCCGUCAUUAUGAUACUGAUCUUAGAAAUGACUUACGAAAUCGCCAGUACUGUAGUGUUCCAAAUUUACUUUUAAAAAUACCUGAACAGGAACUCGAUGAAAAUAACAGUUCGGACGACGAAUUGACGUCUUUGCGAUCUGAUGAUUUACCCAUCUAUUCCACAAAAUAUGGCGCGCUCAUUGUUGAUUGGCCACAUCGUGUGUGUUGUAACGUCAUAUCUCCAGCAAAUGGAUAUGCAUUUAUCAUAUACGAGGAUGAGAAUGCGGUACAUCGACUUGUUAAAGCGAGCGAGUUGAAGCGAGGCAAGCUGCUUAUUAAUUUGAAGGACGGUGAGAAAGAGAUCAAAACGGUGCAAGUGAGACCUUGGAAUCUGAACUAUAUGGGAUGUACUCUGAUAGGUGCUGCACCAUGUAUUGAUCGUUACGCUAUUUUUGUUAGUGGUAUCCCGCGUACAGUGACUGCGAUGGAAGUGGCACAGCUCUUCCAACAAGUGGUCAGCAAUGUAGUUAAAGUGAUUUUGGAAGUGGAACCUGGUACAAAUUAUCCAAAAGGAUCAGCACGAGUGGUUUUCGGGAGUCGUGAAGCGUACCUCAUAGCCAUCGCAAUGCGUCGCUUCACAUUAUUUACACCUAAACAGCGAAGAGUCUUGGAAAUGAGACCAUAUGUGUUCGAUCGUAUAUUGUGUGAGAUAUGCCGUCGAUCCCUUGGUGUUUUUUUGUGCCCUGAGUUCUCGUGUUUGCUCUACUACUGUAUUCGAUGCUGGAUAAUAGUCCAUAAAGAUUAUGGUAUGGACACUCAUAUACCGGUAUCGAGAAGAAAUCUCGGACGUUUGAAAGGCAUAAGACAAAAUCCGGCUCCUCGCCGCUAUGGUAGCUACAUGCCGCGUGGAUAUUACUAUUUCCAGCAGGCAAAUCCGUCGUCCCAUCCGGAUUCUCAGUACUACUAUGGCGGAUAUUUUGUUGGAUGGUUGCGAGAUUUUUGA